AUGAUCUAUACACGCUUUUUAAUACUCAAAUUUUCUUUAUUUAUUUUAUGGUUCAGUGCGGGGUGUACUGCACACGAAGAGAAGAAUUUGAAUGCGACUGCCAGCAUUCCUCUCCCCAAUGAUGGAGUCCAAUCUCCUUUAAUCUGGACAAACACAGGAGACGAAGCUCUAGAUCUUGUUUAUCUGAAGAAGUCUAUCCAAAAAGAGCUCAAAAACAGACUGUCUCCGACCGCCGAAGUUUUGAUAGACUCAGACGAAGAUUUUGUGCACGCCAAUGUACGAUAUUCGAAUUACCAACGGCCUACGUAUAUUGCUGCGGUCAAAGUUUUCGAAGAGGCAGAUGUGGUAGAAACGGUUAAUUAUGCUAGAUUGAGGGGCAUACCCUUCGCUGCCCGAGUUGGGGGUCACUCUCUCACUACAUCUCUACGAAGAGUCAAAAAUGGCAUCGUUAUCGAUUUGCGAGGACUAAAUAGCAUCACAUUUGAUUCCGAAAAGCAGCAAAUCACAGCUGGUGGUGGAGUACAAACAGGACAAAUGGCAAAUGCUACCUAUGCUCGUGGCAUGGAAGUCACUGUUGGAUCGUGUCCAUGCACAGGACUCAUGGGAAUAUCUCUUGGCGCAGGCAUCGGUCGACUACAAGGGAAGUAUGGUUAUCUCAAUGAUAACAUGGUUUCAGUCCGCCUUCUACUUGCCAAUGGCACUAUUAUUCAGGCCUCAGAGAGCGAGAACACUGAUAUAUUUUGGGCUGUUCGGGGUGCUGGUCACAACUUCGGCAUUGCUCUCGAAGCUACCUUCCAAGUAUAUCCGCAGCACAACGAUGGAAAGCACUAUGUGGUAGAUUUUGAGUUCGAACUCAAAUCCCUCGAAGAAGUUUUUGAGGCCUUGAAUGAAGUUUCCAAUCCGAUGCCUAAGGAGCUUGCUGUCUUCGUUAUUGGCCGUAAACGUGGUCAUAGCCCGACUGGUGGUUCUACCAUAAACGUGAACCUCGUGUGGUCUGGUCCCGAAGUAGACGCUAAAAGUUACGUUGAGCGUUUUGCUAGUCUCUCCCCCGUGUGGCGCGACGAAACGGUCGCCACCUGGGAUGCUCUUCCUUGGGCAACCUACAAUGGUUUGAAUAACAUUCUAUGCACUCCUGAGGGAUGGGCUCGCUUUCCCAUCAAGAAUUUCUACGCUGCAAAUGUUAAGAAGUAUGAUAUCGCUACUAUGCGUUCUUUCCUGGACGGAUGGAAUGACAUGAAUGCUAAAUAUGACGGUCAAGCAAUGGUCAGUUUUAUGUUUGAAUCAUUUGCGCAACAAGGCGUGAGAAAGUAUAAUUCUGAUAGAACUGCUUUUCCGUGGCGACACGGGGCAGAUCAUUUUCUAAUGAUGGAAAUUGCUUCCAAAACACCAGAAAAUGCCGAAACCUUCGAUACCUGGCUCUCUGAACAACAGGAUGCCUUGAUCGAAACGUCGGGCUUUUUUCGUUUACACCAGUAUGUGAAUUAUGGACACGGAUCCAAAGAUCCACCCGAAGCUCUUUAUGGAUACGAACCUUGGCGGCUGGAAAAAUUGCGUGCUUUGAAGAAGGAGCUCGAUCCAGAAGGGUGCUUCAAUGGGUAUCAGCCCUUUGUAACUGAGGAUCAAUUAACUUGA